AGGGUUAUGCCAGCCAGGCAGCCAAUGCAGGCAAGCUUAAGCUUGUCAAUCGCUUGGAUGAAAGUCGGAGUCCUUAUGUCCGUGGACAUAUGAACAACCCGGUAGCAUGGCAAAUGUGGGGUCCCGAAGCUCUGGGAUUAGCAAAACAGCACAAUAAGCUUCUUUUUGUGAGCAUUGGUUAUGCGGCCUGCCAUUGGUGCCAUGUCAUGGAGCGCGAGUCGUUCAUGUCACCUGAGAUCGCCGCCGUGUUGAAUUCUUCAUUCAUCCCCGUCAAGGUCGAUCGAGAAGAGCGCCCAGACAUUGAUCGCAUAUACAUGAACUUUGUCCAGGCGACAACUGGAUCGGGAGGCUGGCCUCUCAAUGUUUUCAUUACGCCGGACCUUGAACCUGUCUUUGGCGGCACAUAUUGGCCAGGGCCCAACUCCGCGACUGUCAUGGGCCAAGACCACGUUGGAUUCCUGGAUAUUCUCGAAAAGGUCAGCGACGUCUGGCGGGAUCAGGAGCAGCGAUGUCUCAUGAGCGCGAAGGAAAUCACGGCUCAACUGCGAGACUUUGCGCAAGAAGGCACUCUGAGUGGAGCAUCGCGAGGCGGCGAGGAUGCUGGGUCAGGACUUGAGAUUGAGCUCCUGGAGGAAGCCUAUCGCCAUUUCGAGGGGCGAUUUGACACCACUCACGGAGGAUUCGCGGUGGCACCAAAGUUCCCGACCCCGGUCAAUCUCAGCUUCUUGCUCCGGCUGAGCCAGUAUCCUGGCCCAGUUGAGGAUUUGGUGGGCGAGGCAGAAUGUGCCAAUGCGACAUUCAUGGCGCUUGAGACACUUCGACACAUGGCUCGUGGCGGGAUUCACGAUCACGUUGGCAACGGCUUUGCUCGUUAUUCUGUUACUCGGGACUGGAGCCUCCCUCACUUUGAGAAGAUGCUCUAUGAUCAAGCUCAGCUGCUCAACAUCUACCUGGACGCAUUUCUUAUCUCGCAAGAUCCAGAAAUGCUCGGCGCCGUCUACGACAUUUCGACCUACCUUACCGAACACCCACUGGCUUCGCCUACGGGUGGCUUCUUCUCCGCCGAGGAUGCUGACUCGCUUCCCCGAGCAGGCGACUCGGAAAAGCGCGAAGGUGCAUUCUAUGUAUGGACUCUGAAAGAGUUUCAGUCUAUCCUGGGCGAGCGUGACGCCGAAGUGUGCGCGCGAUUCUUUGGUGUUAGCGCCCAUGGCAACGUCAGCCCCGAGCAUGAUGCACAUGAUGAGUUUAUCGACCAGAAUGUGCUGUCGGUGAAGAGUACGCCAGCAUUGCUCAGCAAAGAGUUUGGACUUGGCGAGGAGGAAGUGAUCCGGAUUAUAAAGGAGAGCCGACAGAAAUUGCGCGAGUAUCGGGAGCGCGAGAGGCCGCGACCGAACCUUGACGACAAGAUUGUUGUCGCAUGGAACGGACUAGCUAUUGGCGCGCUGGCGCGCGUCAGCAGUAUCGUCAAUGGCGUUGACGUUGAAAAGUCUCGUGUGUGCCGCGAAGCCGCCGAAAAGGCCGUAGCUUUUAUCCGCUCGCAGCUCUAUGACGAGACCACUGGCCGAUUGCGACGAGUGUACCGUGAGGGACCAGGCGAUGCGCCAGGAUUUGCAGACGAUUAUACAUUCUUAAUUUCGGGCCUGAUUGAUUUAUACCAAGCUACAUUUAACGAUGCGUAUUUGGAACUCGCCGAUCGACUACAACAAACUCAAAUCGACCUUUUCUGGGAUACCUCUUCCUACGGGUUCUUCUCGACAGAAGCCUCGGCGCCAGACCUUAUUCUGCGCCUCAAAGACGGCAUGGACAGCGCCGAGCCUUCAACCAACGGCAUCAGCGCUCUCAACCUGCAUCGCCUGGGCAGUCUCUUGAACGACGAGCGAUACGCCACGUUUGCGCAACAGACGACGCAAGCGUUUGAACCUGAAAUCAUGCAGCACCCUUUUCUUUUCUCCAGCAUGCUCUCCGCAGUGGUCGCGAGCAACUUAGGUAUGCGCAGUAUCGUGCUUACUGGUGGCGUAGACGGAUUACCGCGCGAUCAGCAGCCGGCCAACAUUCGCGCCGCGUUGGAGAAAUUCCGGACAAGCAUUGGACCGACUACAACUGUGGCGAGGAUCGCAAAUACUGCAACUGCAACCACACCAAAGACGACAACGUCAUCAUCUUCUUCUUCUUCGUUAAUACAAUCCUCGUGGCUCGUCAAGCGGAAUUCCCUCCUCGCCUCUCUCGAUUCCACCGUGGCCCGCGUCCAGAUCUGCGAAGCCGGCGUGUGUAAGGAAGAGUUGGACAUGGACGAUUUGCAGGCCGCCUUGCCGUGACCAUGAAUGUCCGUAGGUCAUCUCUUCUUCUCGCUUUUUUUUUUAUUCUUUUUUCUUUUUUUCUUUUGGGCCUUUUCAUCGAGAACAAGGUUUACACUGGGACAACCAACUCAGUUUAUCUAUCUGUCGUUAUAAGCUCGUUAUACUUGUUCUCCUUAUCUCUGUGUCGAUGAUCUAUUCCAUGUAGGCGCUGCGAGGCGUGGUCUUGUAUUCUUGGAUCUUUCGUCUUUUAUUUCUUUAUUUGAUUUUCUUUUUCUUUUUCUUUUUUCUUUUCUUUUUUUUUUCCCCCUUCUUCCUCUUACCCUACGAUAGCGCCACUCUCCUGACUGUAUUUACA